CACACCUUUGUGGUUGACCCAAAACAAAGAUUGAAACUUCCAGCAGACGAAGCUUCCUUCAAUGACUUCUUCCUUUUUCUGGGUUCACAAGAAAACCAAUGAAACUAAGAAAGGAAAUGUUUUUGGAGUAUAAAACAAGUGCUGGGGCGUGGAGUGCACUUUCUAUUGCCCUUUAGAUGACCAGAGCGUGUAAGAAAGAAAAACAGAUAACAUGAGCAAGCUGAAGUUCUUGUUAGCUCUGGUUAUUCUCUCUGUCCUCAAUGGUUACGGCUUCAUGAUGGCCAUGGUCGAGGGCAAGAGCAAAGUUCACAUCGUUUAUCUCGGAGAGAACCAGCACAAUGAUCCAGCACUAGCUGUAGAUUAUCAUCAUGAAAUGCUUGCAACUGUAGUUGAGAGCAAAGAAAUUGCUUCAGAUAUGAUGAUUUACAGUUACAAGCAUGGCUUCUCUGGAUUUGCUGCCAAGCUUACAGAGUCUCAGGCACAAAGACUUGCUGAGUUGCCUGGGGUCAUUCGAGUCAUACCAAAUAGGAUUCAUAGGCUGCAAACAACGAGGAGUUGGGAUUUCCUUGGCCUCUCUUCUAGUUCUCCAAGCAGCAUUCUUGUCAGCAGCAAAAUGGGUGAUGGUGUAAUCAUAGGUGUCCUUGAUACAGGAGUAUGGCCAGAGUCUGAAGUUUUCAAAGAUGAAGGACUGGGGCCGAUCCCAUCACGUUGGAAGGGUGUUUGUGAAUCUGGGAAGCAUUCCAAUGGCAAAGUUCGUUGUAACAGAAAAAUCAUUGGAGCUCGUUGGUUUGUCGAUGGAUUUCUAGCUGAGUAUGGACAACCAUUGAAUACAUCAGAUAAUCAAGAGUACUUGUCCCCAAGAGAUGCAAAUGGACAUGGAACGCACACAUCCAGCACCGCAGCUGGAGCUUUUGUUGGCAAUGUGAGCUACAAAGGACUUGCUUCUGGGACUGUAAGGGGUGGUGCACCUCAUGCCCGGUUAGCCAUAUACAAAGUGUGUUGGAAUGUGCUUGGAGGGCAAUGUGCAUCUGCAGAUAUAUUGAAAGCCUUGGAUGAAGCCAUUCAUGAUGGGGUUGAUGUGUUAUCGCUCUCAAUUGGAUCUUCAAUUCCUCUAUUUUCAGAUGUCGAUGAACGUGACGGAAUUGCUACUGGUUCUUUUCAUGCUGUGACCAGGGGAAUCACUGUUGUCUGUGGAGCUGCAAACGAUGGGCCGUCAGCUCAGACAGUGCAGAAUACUGCUCCGUGGAUUCUAACCGUUGCAGCAAGCACCAUUGAUCGAACAUUCCCCGCUGCCAUAAAACUUGGCAACAACAAAACUUUUCUGGGUCAAGCCUUAUACACAGGGAAGGAGAUAGGUUUUAGACGCUUAGUAUAUCCAGAGGCCUCGGGGCUUGAUCCCAACUCUGCAGGUGUUUGUCAGGCUCUGUCGGUUAGUCCAAGUUUGGUUGCUGGAAAGGUGGUGCUUUGCUUUGCAUCAACAACCCCUAGGGUGAGCAUAUUCAGAGCUGCAGCAGUUGUAAGAGCGGCGGGUGGAGUAGGGCUUAUUGUUGCCAAGAAUCCUACCGAUGUCUUGACUUCAUGUGGCGAUAACUUCCCUUGUAUAGAAGUUGAUUUUGAGAUUGGAACACAUAUACUCUUCUACAUUCGUUCUACGAGGUCUCCAGAAGCAAAGUUGAGCCACUCUAAAACACUGGUGGGCAAGCGUACGCUGGCAAAGGUUGCAUAUUUCUCAUCCAGGGGGCCUAAUUCCAUUGCUCCAGCCAUACUCAAGCCAGAUAUAACUGCACCUGGAGUGAACAUAUUAGCGGCCACUUCUCCUCUCGAUCAACUGGCAGAUGGUGGAUAUGUCAUGCAUUCAGGAACAUCAAUGUCCACUCCUCAUGUUGCUGGAAUAGUAGCUCUUCUCAAAGCAUUGCACCCUACCUGGUCACCUGCAGCCAUUAAAUCAGCAUUGGUCACAACUGCAUGGAGAAAAGAUCAAUCAGGUUUUCCAAUAUUUGCUGAUGGAUCACCUCAAAAACUUGCUAAUCCAUUCGACUACGGAGGAGGUAUUGUGAAUCCGAAUGGAGCAGCAGACCCUGGUCUAGUAUACGACAUGGGAACAGUGGACUACAUGCAUUACCUUUGUGCCAUGGACUACAACAACUCCGCUAUCUCUCGGCUCGUGGGUCGGUCUAUAGUUUGCCCUAGUGAAAAACCGUCCCUUUUGGACAUAAACCUACCUUCCAUAACUAUACCAAGUCUCAGGCAUUCAACCACUAUCACCAGAACCGUCACAAAUGCAGGAGCCUCUAAAGCCAUCUAUAAAGCUAUGAUUGAUUCCCCAUUUGGCAUAACUAUGGUGUUAAACCCUGGUGUUCUGGUCUUUAACUCAACAACCAAGAAGAUAUCCUAUACUGUUACUGUCACGACGAUCCACCAAGUGAACACAGGGUACUUUUUUGGGAGUCUAACCUGGACUGAUGGAAUUCACAAUGUGACUAGUCCCGUAUCUGUGAGAACAGAAGUUUUACAAUCUUAUGAGGAUGAUUACUGACAUUCUUUUGUUGAAUUUCCUAAUAAGCUAUGCCAUAGGCUCAACAUUUUGUCACUCACACAAGCACUUCAGAUAUAUAGGAGCCUCAAAAUAAAUUUAAUGGCACUUGAUUGACUCUUCAUUCAUCUCAACUUUAUUACAAAACCUGCAGUAUAUUCUGGAGAAGAUAGACUUAAUCCGCAAAGUCUCCAUGCAGUACUAUUUUGGGAACCUAAAAUGCAUUGAUAAAGUGCAUACUAUGAGAAGUCUAUUCUGUGAGUUCAAUGAUUUAACAGUCUAAUUCUGAAGAUUACUGAUUACAGGUUCAA